UUCUGUGUCAUGGCUUCUGCCCUGCGCACGGAAGAGCGAUGGCUGGAGAGCGGGCAGCCAGAUCCAGUCUUCUUGGGAAUGGUGGAGGAUUUCAAGGCCUUCGAUGAGGUCCUGCAAACGUGGAGCGAGAAGCUGGAGAUCUUUGUGCGCGGCGUUCAAGAGCUGUCGCUAGGUGUGCAGAGCCUCUCUGAGGGCUUAGCAGAAGAGCUGAAACGACAGGACCGGGCCUUCCUCUCUGAAGGCUGUCGCUUUCGCGAGGCGGCUCAAGAGAUUUCCCGGCGAGAUGCGCCACACAGCGUCAUUGCACGGUUCGAGCGGAACGUGGAGUUCAACAUGUCCAAUCCGCUCAAGGACCACUUGGACAAUCAUGCCAAGCUGCGGAAAGAUCUUGAGAAGCGUGAGCUGUGCUUGACUGCAGUUCAGGAUGCGCUCAAACAAGUUGAGCUUUGCGAGGAGUUGACAGAAGCAGAUCUUCGCAAGAGGUUGGCCAAAGAUGAGUUCAGAGCAUCAAAGGCCACCUUCAACAAGGUCAACCGCAGCAUUUUCCAUUGGUUGUAUGUCUUGGAGGAGCAUCGAGGAGACAUUAUUGACUCCUGUUUGCAGACGGUGAAGUAUUUGCAAUACGAUUUCUUCUCCUCUGCCGCGCAUGCUGUGUCCCACGUGCUGCCUCAGCAGAUGUCCUUUCGACCCAUGACAGAGAUGCUUCCUGAUUCCUUACAAGCACAAGUGCAACAGGAGCUGAAUUUGUCUGAGACUAUCGAGGCGCAAGAUGUACGAGAGAUCUUCGUGCAAAGGCUCUUGCAGCGCCUGGUGCGGGAGAACAAAGAUCGACCAGGUGCGCCUGCCACAAGCACACCAGCGAUACAGGUGGACCCGUUGUCUUUGAGUUCCUUGCUGUCCCACGGCUUCGAUGAGGGCCCUGCACGGAGGGCACUCAGGAAGACCAACAACGACACCCAGGCAGCCAUGGAAUGGCUUUUGGCGGGCGAGCCUGCUUGCCGGGCGAGGACCACUGAGCACCGCGCGUGAGGAAAAGUGGCCGGGGCAGUCGGGAGCAAUCCGAGCAGUGUGCAUCGGAGCCCGAACCAAAAUGGCAGGUUGUGCUGGUGAGGUCAAGCCGCAAGCCCACUUUAUGGAGUUAAAGGCGUCCCUGCUUGCGACAGGGAACGCAGAUG